AUGGAGGCAUUUAGGGAAGUAUUGAUGGACUGUUCUUUGCAGGAUGUGGGGUUUUAUGGACCCAAGUACACAUGGUCGAAUGGAAGGGAAGGUGAUGAAGUCAUUAGUGAGAGGCUUGAUCGUUUCUUGGGCAACAACAGUUUCUUUGGUUUGUUUCCCUAUGUGGUGGUGAAGCACGGGGUAGCUGCACAUUCUGACCAUUUACCUAUCUGGUUUGAUUCUAAGGGCUCUUUUGUUGAAGGGAGAAGGAAGAAACAAUUUAUAUUUGAAGUAAUGUGGGUAGGGGAGAAAAAAUGUUCUGACAUUAUUGAGAAUGUGUGGGUUGAUGGGGACAGGGAUGAAAGUAAUAAUAUGGAAGGGGUGAUGAAACGUAUUACAACGUGUGGUAAACAAUUGGCUUCAUGGAAUAAGAGGUCUUUCGGUCAUGUGCAGAAAAAGAAAAAUGAGGCAGGCAAAAACUGGAAGAGAUGCAAGCAACAAAUGUGGAACAACCUGAUUCAGUGGGCUUGUCAAAAGCUAGAGAGAAUUUGCAAUUAUGUCUGGAAUGGGAGGAAGUGA